AUGGGCGCUGUGGUGAGUCCUCGCGGAGAUCCAGGGAACUCUGGGAAAUGGAGUCCCAAACUCCGACUUCCUGUCAGGGACACAGAGGAUCCUGGGAAAUGUAGUCCCGGCCCCGCUCCCCCCCUCACUCCCUUUUCCUCCCCGACAGGAAGUGGAGGCCACGGCAGCCAUGACACGCACGGUGAUGGCGAGGGAGCCCAGGGAAACACCGUGGCGCGCAUCGUCUCCCCGAUUGUCUCGGUCGUCGCCGUGGCGCUCGUGGGCGCCGGCGUCAGCUACUUCCGGUCCGGGCGGUGGCGGGCGUGCCUGAGGCGCGGCGACCCCGGCACCGUCUGACGGCUCCGUGAUGGGCGGCGGCGACGACGAAGAUGACGCGGGCGGGCGGGGCGGUGACGUCACCUGACCCCAUGUGACCCCGGU